AGGCUGCCUGGGCCCGAAGUCCUGAAACAGGGCAGAAAUCAGCUCUGUCACUGUCUUCAGGCGGCUGGACCACUAACCAAAGUGACUAUAUGCAAAGACAGAGAAGGAAAGCCAAAGUCCUUUGGGUUUGUCUGCUUUAAGCACCCUGAAUCGGUGUCAUAUGCAAUAGCUUUGCUGAAUGGAAUUCGUUUAUAUGGAAGACCAAUUAAUGUGCAGUAUCGAUUUGGGAGUUCUCGCUCUUCUGAACCAGCUAACCAGAGUUUUGAGAGCUGUGUAAAGAUAAAUUCACAUAGCUACAGGAAUGAAGAAAUGGUGGGCAGAUCUUCCUUUCCCAUGCAUAUGUUUCCAAUUAAUAAUACUGAUUUACCUCAAGAAUAUUUUUUCUUUCAGAAGAUGCAGUGGCAUGCACAUAAUCCAGCGCUGCACCUUCCUUAUUAUGAGAUGACGGCUCCACUUCCAAAUAAUGCAUCUGGGUCUUCUGCACUAAAUCAUGUUCCAGAGCCAGAGGCUGGACCCAGCUCUUAUGGAUGGACCCAUCAACAGCCAAGUGACUGUGACCAUUACCAGAUGAAUAAAAGAAAGAGACAAAGGCAAACCAGUGAUAGUGACAGUAGCACAGAAAAUAAUAGAGGAAAUGAAUAUAACCAAAAAUUCCGAAAACACAAGAAAAAGAAAAGAUAUUAAUAUCAUCAGGUGAAAUAUGUCUAUACUGGUUUUCUCUUUAAAAAAAAAAAAGAUCUGUAUUUUACCAAAUGACCAAUUUCUUGGUUUUCUUGUCUUCUUUGAAAAAUAUAACACUAUGAUGUAACCAAUGUGCUAUUUAAUUUUAACUUUAAAUACAAAAGUUUUUUUUAAAUAAUUUAAUGGCCUACAUUUUGUACUUGUGCAAUUUUUGACCAAUUGUUGAUAUGAAGUGCACUUCAUCAUUUUAUGUUAUGCUGCUGAUGAAAUUUUGCUAUUAUUAGGUCACCUACUGAACAUUAUGUAUUAGGCACCAUGCUCGCUGUAGAUUGUCACUGUAGCCUUCAACUAUAAAUAAGCUGGGAUUAGAACUGGAGCAGUGGAUUUGUUGAAAAAAACUAAUGCAAACAUUUAAAAGCUUCAUGUUGUGCCUGAUGAAUGUGUAAUAAGCAAGCUUUCGUUCCUUUUGUUAAUAACAUUUUAUUUUUAUGCCUAAUAUAUUAUUUCUGAGCCUUACUCUCCUUCAGGUUUUUUUUUAUAGCAUAAGAACAUAUGACAGUGACAGUGAUACCAGAGGAAAAAUAUUAUCAUGGUAGUAGAUUUUGUGUCAUUCCCUUUUUGUAUGAUUUAAAUAGGGAUAUAUGCCUUUUAUUUCUCAUUCAUUUGUAUCAUGAAAAUUGGUCAGCUAUGUUAAUAUUUAUUAUCUACCUCUUUUGCCAGCAUGGCUUGAGAGGAUAUAUUUAAUGUAUUUAAAUCUUGGUAAUGUUCAAGUAAAUAGAAUGAGGUUUGAUUAAUAUGCAAUACAUAUCAAGGGGCCCAUUUUGGGCUCACUUAUUUUAAAAUGUAAAACAGGUUAUAUGUAAAAUAAAUGGUUCAUCUGGACAUUCUUGUUAUUUUAUAGCUCAUCAUAUGGAAUGUGAAAAGCACAUAUUUAUUAAAAUGAAUUGAAAGAAUUAAGCAAUUCCAUUGGGAGUUAACCAAUGAAUUCAGUAGGAAAACUGUGUUUGAAAGUCUGAGAACAUAUUACAGCACUUCAUAAGCAUUUAGUACUUAAAAGAAUAAAGAUAUAUUUCAACCCAGGUAGUAACUACACUUAACUCGUUUAUACAUAUAUAAUAUGGUGGAGCUUAAAUGGGAAUAUUAGUCUAUUUCCAUCUAAUCAAUAUAAAACUAGAUUCUCCUCUAUAUAACUUUGUAUUCAUAUACUUAAAUAUUCAACCUGGAAGAUUUUUUUCUUUAUAAAUUCACAUUUUUGCAGUUUGAAUCAUGCUGAAAUGAAAGAUGUGAUCCUGUGUAAUAAGAAAAUAGCAUUUCAUUAAAGAUAUAAAU